GCUACAGGUUUCAGCACUUUGUUUAUCGUUAUUAUAAUUUAUUUGUGUAAUUGCGUCGUAAUAAAUUGAAAAUACAAUUGAAAUUCUUUGUGCAUUAAAGUUCAUGGUUGCAAUAAAUUUGUGUUAAAUACAUUUCUGACUGUUUUAAGUGACCUUUUAAAAUGAAUUUAGAUAAUACUAACUGUAGUGAUUUUGAAGAGUUACUAAAAAACUAUAUAAACAAAUUGGACGAAAUUAUAGUCAAAUUAAAUGAUUUACUCAAGACAAUAGCAGAUCACCACCAGAGCUGCAAUAUUGCAAAAACUGCUAGUACAGCAUUUAGUAGUACUGGAGUAGCAAUACUAGUAGGAUCAGUACUGCUUUCCCCUUUUACGGGAGGUAGUUCUUUAGCUCUUGGGACCAGUGGAGCAGUAAUGUCUAUUACUGGAGGUAUAUCAAACGUUGUUGUCGACUAUGUAGAUUAUAAAACCUCAACAAUGAUUAUGAAUGAUAUUCAGUUAAUUAUAAAGAGUAAAGAGGAAUUUGAAGAAAAUCUUAGGACACAGUUACGUAACUUUGUUAUGGUUAUUGAAAAGUUAAUGGAGAGCGGACUCGAUAAAUAUAGUGCUACAGUAAUAGCGAUAAAAGGUAUUGCUAGUGGUUGUAUUGAUCUUACAACAGAACCAAACAUGAAGUUGAUGACUACUCUGAGUACCAUAAUAAAAAUGCAUCAUGUUGAAGCUGUGGCCCUAGAUACACUUCCCGUAAUAGGAAAAACUAUUCACAUAUCAGAGAAGACCUACCAAUUUAUAACAAGGAUAUUUGGGUUACCAGGGCAUUCCGCCGCUUUUUUUAAAUUGGUAGGACGGGUUUCAAGUGCAAUUUCUGUUGCUUUUACUAUAGUUGAUAUCACUUUAUUGAUCAAAGAUUGGAUGACGGAACAUCCCACAGUUGAAGUAGUAUCAGAGACUAUAAAACAAUUACAAGAAGAAAAACAUAUUUUAAGCGACUUCCUGGAAAUUAUUGAUGCUUCAAGAGAUAAAGUAGAAAUUGUAUUACAAGAAGUUAUAAAGGAUAUUGAGAAAGAAAUACAGGACAGUGAUAUUGAAAAUGAUUUUGUAUUUGUUCCUAAUGAAAUUGAGAGCUUCUAAUUCAUAGAACAUUAAUAUAUAGUUUUUAUUUAACCUUUGCAAAGAGGGCAAUACUCAAAAUUUUUAUGUUAAUAUUUUACAAACAAUUUUUAUUCUAUACACUAAAAAACCAUCACAUAAUAAGCUGUUGAUAAAUUGUGAUAUAGAUUUUAGAAACCUUUUAUACUUAAGAUGAAUCUAAUAAAUGUAUAGAAACAAA